GAUGUUGAAGAGGAGACAACAGUGUGGGAGGCUGUGGUGAGAUGGGUGCAGCACAGCAAGGAGGACAGACUUCACCACCUACCCAGCAUCCUCCCUCGCAUUCGCUUCAACCUGCUGACCUCAGAUGACAUGGCAGCCAUUUUGGAACACCCCCUAGUCAGGGAGGAUCCUGGGAGUUCUGAGAUCAUCAGGAACGUGGUUCAGAGAGGUGCCUCCAACAUGAAGCCGAGAUGUGGGACUGGUGCAGAGGAAAUGGUCCUUUUCUUUGAAACCAGGUCCAACAAGAUGCAGGGCAUAAAUCCCAAACUAGGAAAAUCCUUCAGCCGCAGUUUCACUGAAAUCCCUCGUAUCGUCAGUGUUACAGUCACCAGUGACAACGACAUCUACGUACUGGCAGAAAAGUCAAAGGCUCAGAUGUCCCUGCUGUUGUACAAUCAAAUGAGUGGUGUGUGGGAACAGAAGUCAUCAGUGGAGAUGCUUCCUGGAGCGCUAUGUCACCAGCAUCUUUUGGAUCUUGAUGGACAUCUUUAUUACUAUAGUCAUAGUUGGACCUAUCCGGCACAGUCACAGAUCAUUAUAAUGAAGAAGUAUGACAGGAACACGAGUGAAUGGCAGGAUUGUUCCCAGCUCAAAAUUAACAUUUCUUACAUAGAACCAUCAGUGUCAAAUGGUUGCCUCUAUUUGUUAAGCUCAACAGAACUGCACUGUUACUGCCCAAAGGAGGACCGCUGGUUCAAGCGAGCCCCACCGACUGAUUGUACUGAUGUGUUCUGGUCCAGUAUUGCCCUGGGUAAUGAGAUCUUCCACUCAGACAUUUACUUUAAUUCUGUGUCCGUGUAUGAUACUGAGGCAGACGGGUGGCAGGAGCUUCCAGGUUGGGAACGUGCUCUUGAGUCUAGGGGUAGAAACUACUGUGCUAAGUUAUUUGUACUUGGGAACCAGCUGCAUGUGUUUUUAGAUAUCAAAGAACAAGAACACCAGCAUGUGCUUGUGUAUGACAGGUGUGAAGGUGUUUGGAGAAAGUUGCAUGUCACCUUUCCUGACGUGGACUGGGACCUUCCACCUGUUGUGGCACGUGUCAACCUGCCAGGUGUGCAGGAAAGGUGUGCUAACAGAUAGAGUGGCACAGAUGCAGGUGACACAGCUUUCUAAUUAUGUCAUUAGUGCUGCUGUAACCUUUUGCUGCAUGCCCUUUACAUUGGCAUUAUUUUACUUUGAGUAGAACUU